GUUUUUUUCAAAACAAAAACUCCUCAUAAAAAUUAUUAUUAAGUUUUCGCUAUGAAAGGCAAAACUCUUAGCUCUCAAUCACAGGGCUUGGUACUAUCCUUACUGAAUUAUUUUCAAGACAAGGAUAAUGGAGGGCCUCUAUUACUAUUGUUAGCUGUCCAAGAGAGGGUGGCUCAGGCACUAAGUAUCAGUUUGUCCACUAUUACCAGAAUACAGCGCCGUUUAUCAUCUAAUGAUAAUGUUCUAAGAUCACCUGGAAAGAAGAGACCCAGAAAAAAGUCUAAGACAACAGGCACAAAUUACACCAGAGGUUUGGAAAAAAUGUGUGAAGCAUACCCAUGA